GGCCGGAGGGAGGUGUGGGAGGGAGGAGAGAGUAGGACAGAGGAAGUAUGCUGCAGCCCGGAACCAUCGCUUACACAUAGGAGAUUACUCAGAGCUUAACUAGGGGAGGCAGCACGAUAAACAAUUUCCAAUUACACAGAGAUUUUUAGACAAGGGAGGGAGCAGGAGGCACUGUCAGUUUUCACUCAAAUGUCCUAACAUGGACACCGUACUCCUAGCAGUGUCUGUACGCAUGAGCUGUCAUUCUCCGAUUUGUUUUCUCUUGUCCCUCUGAUUAACUUUCAGUUUCUUUCCCUUUUCGACUCACUUUCCUCUCCAAACCCCAUCACUCCUGUGUUACAAUGGAUGCCUGUGCCUUGGAGCUGGAUGCGGUGAAGUUCGCUAAAGUGGCAGUGCUCAAUGACCAAGGAGGGAGGUACAAGGAAGCCGUGUUUUAUUACAAGGAAGCAGCACAAGCCCUAAUUUAUGCCAGUAUGGCUGGAUCAACUCUAGAAAAUAUUCAAGGCAAAAUAAAUGAGUACAUGGAGAGAGUUGAAGCACUUUACAAUGCAGUUCAAGCACAGAAUGCUGGCCCAUUAAAAUCAAAGCAACAGUUGGACCUUGAACGAGCCCAUUUCCUUGUCACUCAGGCCUUUGAUGAAGAUGGUAAAGGCAAUGCUGAAGAGGCCAUUGAACUCUACUCAGAAGCAGUGGAACUGUGUAUAAAUACGUCCAACGAAACUGUUGAUCAAAACCUACAAGCAAAACUCAAACAGUUAGCACGGCAAGCCUUAGACAGAGCAGAAUCUUUAAAAGAUUCCAUGUCCAAGUUAUCAGCUAAAGACAAAGCAGCUGCAGCAAAACCCAGCCAGCCAACGAGAACCUUCUUUCCUCUUGGACCAGACUUCAGCCUAAAUGAUAAACCACAAAGCACUAGGCCAACAUCAAGUAAUGACCCUGCUCGUCCUAGGUAUACAUCUGAAGAGAUUGAAGUGCUCAGGAAGACUUCAAAGAUAAAUGGCAUAGAGUAUGUGCCUUUUAUGAGUGUUGACCUGAGAGAACGUUUUGCUUUUCCAAUGCCAUUCUCAGACAAGUUGGGCAAGUUGGCGCUCUCCCCCAAGCAGAAAGCCCUAUUCUCUAGAUGGGUGAGGCCAGACGAUCUUACAAACAAUCCGACUAUGAUUUACACUGUGUCAAGUUUCAGCAUAAAGCAGACCAUUGUAUCUGAUUGUUCAUUUGUGGCCUCACUCGCCAUCAGUGCUGCUUAUGAAAGGCGCUACAACAAGAAGCUCAUCACAAGCAUAAUUUUUCCACAGAAUAAAAAAGGAGAGCCUGAAUAUAAUCCUUGUGGGAAGUAUAUGGUGAAACUGCACAUUAAUGGAGUCCCAAGAAAGGUGAUAAUAGAUGAUUUUUUGCCUGUGGAUCACAGCGGAGAGCUCCUCUGUUCCUAUUCUAAUAACAAGAAUGAAUUGUGGGUGUCACUGAUUGAAAAGGCCUACAUGAAAGUAAUGGGUGGAUAUGAUUUUCCUGGAUCAAAUUCGAACAUUGACUUGCAUGCACUUACUGGAUGGAUACCUGAGAGAAUUGCUAUGCACUCAGACAAUCAAUCCUUUGAUAAAGAGAGCACUUUCAGAAUGUUAUACCAAAGAUUUCAUAAAGGUGAUGUUCUUAUUACCACAGCUACAGGGGUUAUGACUGAAGAAGAAGGAGAAAAAAGAGGCUUGGUUCCUACCCAUGCAUAUGCUGUCUUGGACAUAAGAGAAUACAAGUCUUUAAGGUUUCUUCAGCUAAAGAAUCCCUGGAGCCAUUUACGAUGGAAAGGAAGAUUCUGUGAGAAAGAUGAAAGAAGCUGGACUCCAGAACUCCAGAAAUUCUUAAACUUUGAUCCCAGGACAGCACAGAAAAUUGACAAUGGUAUUUUCUGGAUAACAUGGGAAGAUCUCUGUCAGUACUACGAUGUAAUCUACUUGAGCUGGAACCCAAGUCUUUUCAAAGAAUCCACCUGCAUACACAGCACAUGGGAUGCAAAGCAAGGCCCAGUAAAAGAUGCCUACAGCCUAGCUAACAAUCCACAGUAUAAGCUGGAAGUCCAUUGUCCAAAAGGAGGAGCUGCAGUGUGGAUAUUGCUGAGCAGGCACAUUACUGACAAGGAUGAUUUUGCACACAAUCGAGAGUUUAUUACACUGGUUGUUUACAAGAAUGAAGGCAAAAAACUUUACUACCCAGCUGACCCUGCCCCGUACAUAGAUGGAAUCCGAAUCAACAGCCCUCAUUAUCUCACCAAAAUGACUCUGACCUCACCUGGUACCCACACAUUUACUUUGGUGGUAUCCCAGUAUGAGAAGCAGAACACAAUCCACUAUACACUUAGGGUAUAUUCCGCUUGCAAGUUUACAUUCACUAAGAUUCCAACUCCUUACAUAAUAAAUAAACGGAUUAAUGGACAGUGGAAAGGUCAGAGCGCAGGAGGAUGCGGCAAUUUUCGCGAUACCCACAAGAAUAACCCAAUGUAUCAAUUUCAGAUUGAGAAAUCUGGCCCUUUGUUAAUAGAGCUGAGAGGACCAAGACAGUACAGUGUUGGCUUUGAAGUCAUUACAGUGUCGACUACAGGAGACCCUGGGCCCUCUGGUUUCCAGAAAAAGAGCAGCGGUGACUACAGGUGUGGUUUCUGCUACAUGGAACUGGAGAAUAUCCCGGCUGGUGUCUAUAACAUUAUAACUACUACAUUUCUGCCUGCCCAGGAGGGACCCUUCUUUUUAGACUUCAACACCGCAUUAGCCAUUAAGGUGACCCAACUCCAGUGACCCGGGAAUUAAAAUCCGUUCUUCCAAGUGACAAAGAUUUGCAAGCAGAUUCCCAGUUCAAAGAGGCAUGAAAGAUCCUGCAUUUCCCUGAUGUGACAUUGUGCAUCUCCAGUACGGCUCACAGUCUUGUACAAUCAGAAUCUUCAAGGGAGUUGGGUACCACAGACAGCCCAAAUGUAACUUGUACUUGAAUCUUGUUUCAAAGGAUAGUGCUAUAAAACAUAUUUUUUCAA